UGGGCCGAAUAGUGACGGCCCAACUAAACUGAACUUGGGUUAGGGUUCCAAUCCGUUAUAUAUGACUUCGUCGCCGUCGAUUAGGUUUUGUUCGCGGCGGCAGGUCGUCGAAGAGGAGGAAGCGACUAGGUUGCAAUGGCGAGGAUCAAGGUCCACGAACUUCGAGGGAAGUCCAAGACGGAACUCCAGAACCAAUUGAAGGACCUCAAGAAUGAGCUUUCACUUCUCCGCGUUGCUAAGGUCACCGGCGGAGCGCCCAACAAGCUCUCGAAGAUAAAGGUGGUUAGGCUGUCGAUCGCUCGCGUGCUUACUGUCAUUUCCCAGAAGCAGAAAGCGGCGUUGAGGGAGGUUUACAAGAAUAAGAAGCUCCUCCCGCUGGAUCUCCGGCCCAAGAAGACACGAGCCAUCCGCCGCCGUCUCACCAAGCAUCAGGAAUCUUUGAAGACUGAACGUGAGAAGAAAAGGGCGAUGUACUUCCCAAAGAGAAAGUAUGCCCUUUUAGCAAAUUAAUAUCUUAUGCUCCUGCUCUACCAUUGAAGAUACUGUCAUGUGCUUCUGAAUUUGGUUAUCGACUUUAAAAUUUAGUGAUCGGGUCUCAGUACUUGAGCUAUGCAUCCUAUUAAAAUGUUGUUAUUUGGCAUUCUACUUUUGAGUUUGUGGAAAACCUUUCAUGAUUGCAGCAUUUUUUUAGGUUUAUUUUUAAAAA